AUGGAUAAUCUAUGGACUCGCCGAACCAACUCGUCGAAGCUCUCCCUCAGUACGCCUUCCAAUGGGGCCAGCGGCUUAGGAGGAGGUGAUCCCGGCUCCCGCAGUGCCACGGUCAAGUCGUCGCAUGGCAAAUCCAAUCCCUUCAACAGCACCCCCGGGAGCGCGGUGAUGUCUCCGACGGGGGGAGCGUCCAGCGCCUUUGGUCUGGGGUCGGGGGCCUUCGCAUCCUUUGGCUCGUUUGGGUCCGCCAAAACACCGAAAUCGGGCGGCAACCCCUUUGAAACCGCCAUGGGCUCCGCCGUCGCCAAGCAGACCGCUUCCAAGGACGCGGCGAAGCCCGUAGCCAGACCGCCCAACAUGGCGCCCAUCUCCGAGUCCAAGGCCACGGGACCGCCGCCCGGAGCCACCCCGGUACACAUGCUGAAAGACGCAUGGUCGUUCUGGUACAGGCCCCCGAUCUCGAAGGCGCACGGGUUCAUCGAGUACGAGAAUACACUGCACGGCAUCGCCACGGUGCGGACGGCGGAGGAGUUUUGGCAGAUCUACUCCCACCUCAAGCGGCCGUCAAGCCUCCCCGUCGUGUCCGACUACCAUCUGUUCAAGAAGGACAUUCGGCCAAUAUGGGAGGAUGAGGUCAAUCGCAAGGGAGGCAAGUGGGUUGUUCGCCUCAAGAAGGGCGUGGCGGAUCGGUACUGGGAGGACCUUCUGCUCUCUCUGAUUGGUGACCAGUUCGGCGACGCCGGAGAGGACGUGUGUGGUGCCGUUUUGAGCAUGCGCAAUGGCGAGGAUAUCUUGAGCAUCUGGACCCGAACCGACGGCGGUCGCGUGCUCAAGAUUCGCGAAAUCAUGAAGCAGGUCCUCAAUUUCCCGGCCAACACCCGACUCGAGUUCAAGUCGCACGAUUCCAGCAUCCAGCAACGAACCGCAAUCGACGAACAGCGCCGCGAGAAGGCCAGUCAACACCACAACGACAAGCGUCACACAUCCAAUGUUUCGAAGCAAAACUACGAAUAA